AAGCUGCCAGUGUGAACUUCGAACGCGCGGCCGCUCGACGUGUGCCUUGUCCCCAUUAAAAAAACAAAAUGUUCUAUGGUGCACAGAUUAAAAAGGAUAUCAAUUAAUGUGAUUGUGGGUAGUGUCUAAAAUGUCGACUCUUUUGAAGAAUGUUACGAACUGCAUUUGGCAUGCCUUCGACUCCUUGCAGAAUAACGAGGUCGUCCAUAAAUCGAAACUGAAGGUGUUAACAGCGAACAUCGGUACAUUACUAGACUUGUACGGUGUAGAGAAGGGUUUGGACCACUUCAGGUCCUCUCAGGAGCUGACAUUCGACGAGUUCCGCUACUACCUGCAGCAUGAGGUGUUCAGCUCGCUGCCGAAGACCGUCACACUGCCGGUUGUUAGGGAAUACGAGAAGAAAAUAAGUGAAGUGUGUUGGUUUGUCUGCCGUAAGAGCCUUUUGAGCCGCGACAAGCCCGUCUUUGGCGAUGACUCCGUGUUCAAACUCUUCAGAAUCUUCUGCCUGCUUGCUGACCUUGUCCAAGACUCUGAAGAAUCAAGCCGCUAUGUGGUGGUUCUGCAGCCAUCGGAAGCGGGCAUAGUGGCGGAGCAGCUAGUACUGUGCCUGGGGCUAAGGUGGGAUGCGGCGGACUGGGAGGCUCUGGGCAGCUCCAUCGGCCACUUCAAGUGGGCGGCCUUCCUCGCUGUGCUCGAGGCCAAGUACUGCUGCGACCAUCAGCACGCUGAGGCCCUUGUGGAGGCCGUCGACGAGAUAUACGAUGUUUUCAUCGAGGAUAUUAUAAAGAAGGGUUACCUGUACAAACGGGGGUACCUGCUGCCGACGAUGCGGGAGUACUGGUGCGUGCUGCAGCCGUGCGCGCUCACCUACUACAAGAGCUCGGCGCAGCGCGAGCAGUGCGGCCGCGUCGCCAUCGACGAGUACUGCUCCGUGGAGGCCGCGCCCAGCGCCGGCGACGGCAAACUGCAGCGGUUCCAGCUCGUCACCCCGGAGAGGACGUUCGAGUUCGCCACUCAGGAUCAUAAGAGCCGGCUGCAGUGGGUGUCUGCGCUGCGGCAGGGGGAGACACGCGCGCGCCUGCAGAGUGAGGUCCGCGCGCGCCUCGCCGCUGAGGCUCAGGCACAGGAAUUAGCAGAAUUAUCAAAAAAGGAUAGUAAGAAGUUAGAAGAGCUAAAGAACGCGCAAGCAGAACUUGAAAGACUUCUACAAGAGGAGACGCAGGCUAAGAAAGAUGAAGAGAUUGUGAGAGCUUUGCAAGCAAGAGUUCUGACUGAAGAAUGGGAAAAAAGAGAAGAGCUAGAACGUCUCCAAGAAGAACAGAAUAGAAUGUUGGAAGAGGAGAGACUUAAGAGGAAACAGUUCGAAAUGCUUCAAGCUGAGAAAGAGGCACAAUUCAAAGAGGCCGAAAGAAGACUGAAGGAGUUAGAAGAAGAGAAGCAGAGACUUGACGCAGAACUGAGAGCGGCGCAGGAGAAGAUAUCACAGACCGAGCACAACGCCCUGGCACUGCAUGUACAGCUGAGGGAUUAUCCAAUAUUCCGUAAUGGGGAAAGAGCUCGUCGCGCGAUAUCGUUUGUGCCAACAACCAAAAGUUCCUCCGACACUCUCAUAGACGUAAAAGCUAUCAGACAUCUCAAAGUACUUGACGACGAUAGUUUAUGAUCAAAACAGAAGCCAACUUAAUAAAAUGAUGAGCAAAAUUAAAAAUAUUGAAAGUAAAAUAAAUACUGCAAAGACAAACAACCACGGGACAAGAGAGAGAGUGUAGGAAAUUGGGAAAAAUCGAGAAUCUAAUAUUUUAAGGUCAUGUUAAUUUUUUUAACUA